UUCCGGCUUGCAGCCCAAGGUGCUGGACAUCUGGGUCCCUUUCUACAAGCGGGCGCCAUGGACUUGGCUCAGGCCACGCAGGAGAGCGAGGCAGUGGCGGAGAAGGUGCUCCAAUACCGGCGGGACACGUCGGGUUGGAAGACGUGCCGGGAAGCCAAUGGAGUUUCAGUUUCCUGGAGGCCAUCUGUGGAGUUUCCAGGGAAUCUGUAUCGAGGAGAAGGGAUUCUGUGUGGGACACUGGAAGAGGUGUGGGACUGUGUGAAGCCAGUUGCUGGGGGCCUGCGAGAGAAGUGGGAUGAGAAUGUGACCAGUUUUGAAGUUGUCCAAAGCCUCACAGAUACUCUGUUUGUGAGCAGAACUUCUACACCAUCAGCUGCCAUGAAGCUCAUUUCUCCCAGGGACUUUGUGGACUUGGUGCUAGUGAAGAAAUAUGAGGAUGGCACCAUCAGUUCCAAUGCUACCCACAUGGAGCAUCCGUCAUGUCCCCCGAAGCCAGGUUUUGUGAGAGGAUUUAACCACCCAUGUGGGUGCUUCUGUGAACCACUUCCAGGGGAACCCAACAAGACCAACCUGGUCACGUUCUUCCAGACAGACCUGAGCGGCUACCUUCCUCAGAGUGUGGUGGACUCCUUCUUCCCACGCAGCAUGGCUGGAUUCUAUGCCAACCUUCAAAAGGCAGUGAGAAAAUACCACCACUGACUGUCACCUUUUGGCAAGGAAUGUCCAUGACCCUUCAGGAGCUCCAGCUGUUGAGCCUGGGCGAAUAGCUGUUGUGGCCUUUUGAGAUAUCCUAGUGGACAGCAAGUCUUGGGGGUGCCAUCUGAGGGCAAUACUCCCCCCCCAUUCCUCCCAGGAUUGGCAUUGAAGGAGCCGACCAUCUGCUUUCGAUGCAUAUAUAUCACUGGCAGGGCAAAUCCAGUUGUGGCCACCUGACAAGGAUUUGACUCAAGCACCAUUCAGUCCCUUGUAGCCUAGAAGCAUGUGUGCUGGUUUCUAUCAGACAGCUUUUUUUCUGUUGGUCGUAGAGAAUCAGCAUCUAUCCUGGGUACCAAGUCCUGCUGCCUCUGACCUCUGGAGUUCCCAGUCUUCUGCCACAGCCUCCCGUGUGCAUUUUCUGAUACAGUCUUGCAUACAUAUUUUUAUACUGCACAGGAUUUUUCCCCUUACAAAGAUCUCAGCUUAGAAAAUGAUGGUUUAAACCAUGGGAUAAGCCUUAAGGAAAAACAUCUCAGUCGUCUUUUUGUUGUA